CCUUACAUUCUUAAUUCUUCCUUAAUUGCUUUCCCCGAUCUCUCUCUCUUUCCCAAUCAGCUGAGACGUUCUAAGCCAGAAGCAGGACUUUAAGCCAUUUUUGUCUUCAUCGUGUACAUCGUGUUGGUGAGAAUGAAGCUGUUUGGAGUAGUUAUUCUUCUCCUACUUGUGGUGUCUACCAACAUGAGCGGGGCAAGUGCCGAUACAGAUGAUGGUAUGGCAAGUACACCUUUUACACCGUUGUCCUCGCCAUAUCCAGGCACGCAUCCUAGACAAUCGACAAUCAGGUUUCCCUCAAAACCAACCAAAAGUACACGAACUUUGAACUACGUAAAGACGUCUCCAAGAACAGUCUUCGAAACAGGCACAUCGGGAACCACAGCAAGGACACCGACACCCAGUAGACCUUCAACACCAAAACCAAAGCCUAGCAGACGUGUAACGCCUACACAAAGCUUAUGUGUGACAUCUUCUAAUACCCUUGCCACGACGUUGCCUCUGAUAUACCAAAGCUCAUUGUCACCGCAAAGCGGUCGGUAUGUUAACUCUGCAGCACUGGCACUUGGAAUGAUCCUGGUCAUAUCAUAUUUGGUUUUCAUCUUAAUUGGCUUCUUGGUGUACCGGCGUCUUCGAAAACCUGACUUGGUGGCACAGAAGGCUACGGACGUGGAGUCGAAAGGGUCAGGUUUCCCCCAAGCACCAUCUUCCAACCCAACUUACGUAAAUACCAUCUCCUCAACCAAGAGCACCGCUGUACAACGAAGCAAAGAAAAGGUGUGUCCUCUACCAGAGCAAACAAACAAACCACAGGUUGACGUAGGCGGAUAUACGGCACUGCUGCCAUCGAAGGUGGGUGAUCAGCCAGAAGAUGACGGGUAUGAACUCGUCGAGACGAUCCAUCCUAGUCGUAAGCCUAAUCUUAAGGUUCUUAAGCUUGGGCAGAAGGUAAUUCCAGAUGGAAUCCAGAAAUCAGUUGUCCGCCAACAGGGAACUAUCUAUUCCAACUGUUAGAGGACUACAUCAGAGGAACUGCGUACAGGGCAAUUAAACCAGGGACAACUACCCCUUCACUAAGAUACAAGGGGAGGGGGUUCUUGCAUUCAUUUUCUUUAUAAAUGAUAUGCCUUGUGUGUUUUUUCCUGUUUUGUGCCGCUAUGCUGGGACAAGGACGUUGAAGAUCAACCCUUGCUUUUUCUUCAACAUUGGACAAUUAUCCCUUGUUCGGACUCGUGCGAUAUACAUGGUCAUAUUGUUUUGAAGGGCUUAUUGGAUUCUUUCAGCGUUUUCUAAAGGUCUAAACACUAUGAAUAUGACGGACAAAGAAA